UGCCCGCACAGAGCUCAGGUGACUGCGUCUCAGCAAGUUACAGUUGUGGAAAUAAAAACGCUGGAGGACCUUGACCCGGUGCACAGCCCCAACUUACACCUCACAGCCCCGGCAGCAGCCCAGCUCAGCUCAGCGCUGCUCCCUGCAGUGCAUGGCAACACAGCAGCUGCUCGGCGCUGGGCAGUGCGUGGGGCAGCUCCGUUGAGCAGGGCUGUGGGGUGGGACACGGCGGGGGCAUCUCGGGGCUCAGAGGGCUUUACUCGUGGCCCAGCCGCUGUGCUAACGCAGAGCUCUGUUUUCCCAGAGUCUCCGCCACCUCCCUACUCCCGGCUGUCUCCUAACGACGAGCAAAAGCCACUGGAUCUCUCGGAUUCCACGUUGUCUUACACUGAAACGGAGGCGACGAACUCGCCCAACGUCACGCCCGGGGAGUUCUCAGAUGCCAGCACGUCGCCCGAUGCCGUGAAGAGGAGCCAUUGGUGCAACGUGGCCUACUGGGAGCACCGGACGCGCGUCGGCCGCCUCUACACAGUGUACGAACAGUCUGUCAGUAUCUUUUAUGACCUACCUCAAGGAAACGGCUUCUGCCUCGGACAGCUAAACCUGGAAAACAGGAGCGAGACUGUGAGAAGGACUCGAAGUAAAAUCGGUUACGGGAUUUUACUUAGCAAAGAACCGGACGGUGUGUGGGCUUACAAUCGCAGCGAGCAUCCCAUCUUCGUCAACUCCCCGACACUGGACAUCCCCAACUGUAGGACUUUGAUCGUGCGCAAGGUGAUGCCGGGCUAUUCCAUCAAGGUGUUUGACUACGAGAAGUCCUGCCUCUUGCAGCACACUGCAGAGCUGGAUUAUGCAGACGGGCCCUACGACCCCAACAGCGUGCGGAUCAGCUUCGCCAAGGGCUGGGGGCCGUGUUACUCCAGGCAGUUCAUCACAUCUUGCCCGUGUUGGCUGGAGAUCUUGCUCAGUAACAAUCGAUAACAGUCAGCCUCUGACAAAAGGAAAACAAAAAAGAAAGACACAGACUAUCCCAAAUAUCAUCUACCUAGAUUUAAUAUAAAGUUUUAUAUAUUAUAUGAAAAUAUAUAUUAUACUUGUAAUUAUGGAGUCAUUUUUACAAUGUAAUUAUUUAUGUAUGGUGCAAUGUGUAUAUGGACAAAAAACAGAAAAUGCACUUUGGCUUAUAUAAUUCUUUCAAUACAGAUUUAAAGAAAAAAAAUUAUACAGCAAAAAUAGGAGAGAAAAGUCCUAAUUUUGAUGUAUGGUUUUUUUGAAAUAUUAUUAAUACCCAGACAAAAAGCUAAUACCAGUCACUCAUUGAUAAUAAAGUAUUCGCAUUAUA